AUGCCUUUACCAAGUGAUUUUGAAAAAGGAUCACACGAUCAUAUUGAAGAUUCCACUGCUAACAGUCCAGCUGAGAUUGAGUUGGGUCCUGAACAUGAGGCUUAUCUUAUAGAAAGACAUGGAACCGUGUUUUUGGAUCCACUUCCUUCAAGUGAUCCAGCAGACCCUUUAAAUUGGCCAGAUUGGAAAAAGAAUUCAGAAAUUCUUUUAUUAGCCUUUCAGACUUUUAGUUCGACUUUUAUGGCUGGUGGAUUGACACCUGCUUUUGAACCUAUGGCAGCUGCUUAUAAUAUUUCAACCCCAACUGCAGCCUAUCUAACUUCUGCUCAAAUUGCCGUUUUGGGUGGUAUGCCACUCAUCUGGCUUCCUAUUAUGAACGCUUACGGUAGAAAUGGAUUUUUAAGUAUAGCUUCUUUGUUAUGUUGUGCUUUAAAUAUUGGUGGUGGUUUUGCAAAAACUUAUGGGCAACAAAUGGCAACUAGAGUCUUAGUAGCAUGUUUUAUUUCUACAUGUUACGCUGCAGGUAGUUGUGUUGUUGGUGACUUAUCAUUUGCACACGAAAGAGGUAAGAAAAACGGUUGGUGGUCAGUUGGUCUUGUCCUUGGUACUACUGCUGGACCUUUCUUCUGUGGUUUUAUCCAACAGCAUGCGGGAACUAAAUGGAUCUAUUUUGUAUUUGCUAUUAUGAACUUUGUUCAAAGUAUAUUAUGGUACAUUGCCGACGAAACUGUAUAUGUUAGACAUCAUGAUAAGCCUCAACAAACAAAUUGGAUCUUAAGUAAGGUAUUGAGACUUAAUAGAAAUCCUGAUCAAGAAUUAUCUUUUGCAUUAUUCUUAAGACCAUUCAAAUUGUUCUGGCACUUUAACGUUAUGAUGACAACAUUGGCAAUAUCAGUGGUGUUUUGUUAUGCCAACAUUGUUCUUAUUGUUGAAUUACCACAAGCAAUGGGUAUUUUGUUCAACUUGGAUGCUCAACAGAUAUCCUAUCAAUUUAUUGCUCUUAUAAUUGGUUCUACUAUAGGUGAAUUUUUAGCAGGUCCUCUUUCAGAUUGGUGGAUGAAAAAAUCUAUUGCUAGAAGAGGAGGUGAAAGAGUUAUCGUCGACAGGUUAUGGGUUUCUUAUAAUGGCUUCAUUUUUGUGGUUAUUGGUUUAGUUAUUUGGGGAGUUUAUUUAAAUAAGGCUACUCCUGGUCAUUGGAUUAUAGCACCAAUCAUUGGAGCCGCUAUAGCAGCAUGUGGAAAUAACAUAUGUAUGACAAUCUUAAUUACUUUUGCAAUUGACAGUGAUCCCAAAAAAGCCACGGAUAUUGGUUUAUUUGUUACUUUUGUUAGACAAAUAUUUGCUUUCUGUGGCCCAUUUUACUUCCCAUAUAUGUUCGAUAAUCUUAAAUUUAAUGGAUCAGCGGGAUUGAUGUGUGGGUUAGUGGUGGUAUUUGGAGCAGGAGUUGUGAUCAUCACCCACAUAGUUGGAUUAAGACAACUCAGGGUCGGUAAAAAUUGA